AUGGCGACACCAUGGAACAAUGUAUAUCAUCUUCGCACCGUCGCGGAGACAUCUUCCAAAGCCUGUUAUGUGUGCCACAAGCCUUCCACAAAAGUGCUCAUAACACCGGAUAACAAGGAUUUCUUCUACACCUGUGUCUCCCACCUCAGUGACAAAGGCUUCGCCUCGCCCAUAAUCGACCAGGAGGCCGAAGCUGCCAAGAAGAAAAAAGAACAGAUGGACCGAGAAAUCGAGAAGAUCAAACAAGAAUACGAAGAAAAGCAACGCAAAAAGAAGGCCACCAAGAGCAACGACAAGGACAAGAAAAAGGAUUCUAACGACGACGAUGGCAAGGCCGAGAAGGAAAGGGAUGACAAGAUCAAAGCCGUCCAGGCGGGCGCCAACUCCAGUGACCAAACCGGCGCAAUACCGCGGGUGUACGCACUGCACAGGACAUUCUACCAGAUGAGACUCGAGCGAGCCCGAAGCUUGGAACAGGCGAAAAGAGCGCAGCAGCGCAUGCGGGAUCCAAACCUCUUUCCUGCAGCGCCUAAAGGAGACAUUGUGUGA